AUGGCUGGUUCGGUUGGAAGGGAGUCACGAACUCCAAUAUUCAAUGGAGAAAACUACGAGCUCUGGAGGAUUCGUAUGAAGACGAUUCUCAUAUCGUACGGAAUCUGGGAAUUGGUUGAAGAAGGUGUACCAAUUCCAAAUCCAAAAGGCAAGAAGAAGGAGACGGAGACAUCGAACAAGUCGUUGUUGUCUGAGCUCUUGAAGCAAGAUGCAAAGCGCUGGAUCUCAUCCAAGGAGCUGUUUCAGAUGAGCUCUUCCCCAGAAUUUCAAAUGAGAUGCAAAGCGCUGGAUCUCAUCCAAGGAGCUGUUUCAGAUGAGCUCAUCCCCAGAAUUUCAAAUGAGGUGACUGCAAAAGGAGCUUGGGAUCUGUUACAGCAAGAAUAUAGAGGAGAUGAGCGUGUCAGGUCAGUCAAACUACAAGGUUUGAGAAGAGAUUUUGAGUAUACUCGUAUGCGUGAAGAUGAAUCUCUAUAUACCAAGGAUUUGGAUACAAUAGAAGUGCAAGAGGUUGUGGCCACCCUAAAGGUGUUCGAGCAAAGGCUUGAGAGACACUCUGAAAAUAUUGUUGAGAAGGCAUUUGCUAGUAUGAGUAUGAAGGGAGCCAACUCCUCAUCUUCUGCAGGCAGUGGUCAAUCCAAGAAGAAUUGGAAGAAUAAAGGAAAGAAGUGGGAAGAUAAACCCAAUUCGGGUGGGAAGAAUGAAAACUGGAGGGGUGAUCAAUCUAACAAGUCUUACUAA